CAUGUGACUGCCGUAUGGCUUCCCUGCUACCUGAUGCGAACUCAGCAAAUAAGUAGGUGCUCUGCUGUUGUUGCUGGAGCGCCUCAGCCAAGGAAGACGGACGCGACGGGUCGGACCGGAAAGAUAGCUAGCAGGGAUGUCUCCUGGUACGGGGCAGCUCACAGGGCUGAUAGCAGCUACCUUCACUCCACUCACUCCACAAGGUGAGCUGAACCUGCCCCUGAUCGGGCCGUAUAUCGACUAUCUGCUGGAGAAACAGGGAGUGCGGAGUGUGUUUGUAAAUGGGACCACAGGUGAAGGCUGUUCUUUCAGUGUGGAGGAAAGGAAGCAGCUGGCAGAGGAGUGGUGCCGGCAGGGUAAGGGGAAACUUGACCAGGUUAUCGUUCACGUUGGCUGCUUGAAUGUAAAAGACUCUCAGGAACUGGCUCGUCAUGCUGCUUCGGUAGGAGCUGAUGCCAUCGCUGUCAUCUCCCCCUUUUUCUUCAAACCCACUAAUGCAGAGGCGCUGAGAAUGUUUCUUCAGGAAGUGGCAUCUGCAGCACCAAAGCUUCCACUCUACUACUACCACUUACCCUCCAUAACUGGAGUGAACAUGGAUGCGAGGGAGAUUCUGGAUGGGAUUGAGAAUCAGAUCCCCUCGUUCGGAGGGUUAAAGUUCAGCGCAGCAGAUCUGAGGGAUCUGGGCCAAUGUAUCAGUUACUGCCGUCCACGCGGCUGGUCUGUGCUGUACGGAGUGGAUGAGCAACUGCUGGGGGCGGUGGUGUUGGGAGUCAAUGGGGCCGUCGGAAGUACAUACAACUACGUGGGCAGCGCUGUGAGCAGUAUGCUGAGUGCGUUUGAGAAAGGAGAUGUUGAUCUAGCCAGAAAGCUUCAGUUUAAGAUGCAGGAGGUCAUCACAUUCGCAAUCAGUCUAGGGUUUGGCCUGCACGUGAAUAAGCAGUUGAUGAGCGAGUUUUCGGGGCUGUCCAUGGGUCCGCCGCGGCUGCCACUGCUGCCCUGCCCUCCAGACCGCGCUCAGGCCAUCGCUCAGAAACUACGAGAUGUCCUGGCUUCUGAUUAAACAAACAGCACAGAAAUAAAUCAGCCAUACCAAGCAGAGAGAGACCAAAAAUCAGGUUUAACAACGUGUAGCAUACGUGGAAAUCCAUAUAUGCUAAGCAAUGAUUGGCUGAUCUAUCUAAUAUGCCCCCGUUGUGGCCUCUUUUUCAUUCUGUUCCAGUUUUUCUAGAAACUAAACGUGUUAUUAAACCUGCCAUUAUGGCAGUACUUCAGCCAAGAAUGCUAACAUGGCUAGCAAUGAAUGAAUGACAGUGGGGAUCAGUUCGGUUCAUUCACCGAUCAUCUCUAGCUUUCAGUCACCAUUACUAGCGCUUACAUUUUUGGGUGAAGUGUUGCUUGGUUUAACUUCUUAUACUUGAAGCCUGCCCAGAGCACACACAGCAUUCUAAUGGCAAAUAAACCACACUACUAUAUUAGACCACUAUACUCUCUAUGUACUGUAUCAGGCCAGUUUUCCAGGUAUGGGCCAGUUUCGAGACGUUAGGAUCAAGGCUAGUCCUACGUUUAAUAAACACAGUCUGUAAAGUUUUUUCCACUAAAUAUUUAACUCCAUGAAACUGGUUAUUACUCUACACAUCCAAGGCACCUGCUCAUCCAGCAUAUCGUCUGAAAUCAAGCACUCAAACCACACCCUGGCCAUCAGUAAGGUUGUGCGGACUUGUCAAUGAGUGUGUUUAUAUGCACUCAAUAAUCAGAUCAUGAUUAGAUUUCUGCAGUUAUCCGAUUAUUCAAAUGGUCAUGUAAACACCAUACUCCGAUCUAGAAAUCUGAUUAAGAAAUCGGAUAAAGAGGCUGGAUUUUAGCUCAGUAAUCAGAUUUCUCAGUGCAUGUGAACUCUUACACUGAUUUCUUUCGGAUUUCUCCGUCUGUUCCACACAAGCGCAGAUUGAGAAAUCCGAAAGAAAUCAGAGUAAUAAGCAACCAGAAAUAAGCAAGUAGCUGAAACCGAUUCCUCUGAAACCGAAUACAUUCUCGACGAAAUGAAGGAUUUGAAUAUUCUUCAUCUUCUAGGUGAUGUAUGUUCAUAUUUUCAGGUAAAGUGGCACAAAGUUUAAAAAACAGUGGCAUGAAGUUUGAGUUUUACGUUU